AUGGCCUCCAAAGAAAUUCACGUGGUUGCUACCUUUAAGGCGAAGGCCGACAAAAUCGAUGAGGUAGCAAAAAUCCUUGAGCAGUCUGCCGCGAGCAUCCAUGAGAAGGAGCCAAACACCCUGAGGUUCUACGUAGUAAGACCGAAGAAAGGCAACGAGCUCAUCGUUGUUGAGAAGUACGUAUUGCAACCCGCUGGGGGGAAGAUACUUUGGAACAGAGAGAUGAAAUCUGACCAGGAUACCGCCGGUAGAUAUAAAGAUGCUGCCGCCCUCAAAGCCCACGGCGGCACGGAAUACUUCAAAGCCAUGGUCGCCAAAGUCACGCCAUUGCUAGCCGCACCGACAGACCUGAAACUCUGCAGUUUUGUCGGCGGGUUCGAAGGAAGACCAUCAAAACUAUAG